AAGAUUGCCCAUUUAAGAGAUUAGUUGAUUCAACGAAAUGGGAUUACGAAAUGGGAAUUCUCAAUAUAUAGUAUUUUAAUUGUGAAUUUCGGGACAUCCUGUAUAAUCAAUUAUCAAUUAAAUUUUAUUGAAUAGACAAACAUGUAGCAAUUCGGUAAAUGCAAAAGUCGAUCGGUGUAUGCAGUUCAUCUCUUGCAGCAACAUUCAUAUGGUGAUCCAACGUACGUAUAGCAUAGCAGAGAAAUACAUGACACGUAUGUAUUGUUAUCGAAACUUUUUUCGUUAUUCAUUGGGCUAUCGGAAUUGGGAUAAACAACCGGCAACGUUGGCGUUUGCUUCUUCUGGCAUCUGUGAACACUGUAUAAUUUGACAGACAACACAGUAGUAUCUACUCAUCAUCCAUUCAACAAGUGUCUUCUUCAUUUGUGGCUAAAAUGAAUGGAACUGUGCACUACGCUAUGGUGGCUUUGCGUCAGACAUCCGGUUGCAAGAUCAUUACGGAUUAUUCCACGAAUCCAAACCCGAUCUAUCGUACUAUCGCUCUCAGUACCAUCGAUGGUCUAAAAACCAUCGAGGACGACAAGAUCAGUAUCGAUAACAGUAGAUAUACGGUACAUGUGCUGAUUGGGGAACUUCACUAUGUUUGUUUGACAUCGAAAGUGAACUGCCCCUCAUCAGCGAUAUGGGUAGAAUCGUGCUCUCAAAUAUUUUUGCAGAGGCUACGGACAGUUUAUAAAGACUUACCGUUAGCAGAUUUAUCGAAAAAUUUAACCAAUCUCGCGGAAGAUGAAUUCUCAAAGCCAUUAAAGAAAAUAAUUGAAGAGUAUAAUCAAGGUAUUGGCUGUAAGAAUCUGACUUCAAAGUUAGAAGAAGAAUUGAUUGAAGUACGUCGCAUUUUGAUGAAUGGUGUCCAAAAGUUGAUCGAUAGGGGCGAAAGGUUGGACGAACUCAUCCGAAAGACACAAAAUCUCGAAAUUUCGUCGCGGGACUUCCAUGUAGUGUCAAGGACUCGGCAAAAGAAAAACAGCAACUUGAAGAUAGUAAUCGUAACGUCAGCCUUCAUGCUCGUGCUUGGUUCCGUGGUAUCGUUACCCGCAAUCAUCUUCGUAAACUUCACGAAAAGGCGACGAUUCUGCAACGUCAUUGGCGCGGUUAUCAUACCAGGAUGUUCAUCAUUAAUCAGUAUUUAAUUGAACGUGUUCACCAAAUGUGGCAAGAUCAUUACAAUAACAUGGCAAUGAGAAUCCAAGCCAUUUGGAGAGGCUAUUGGUCUAGAAAAAAGAUAAAUUUUUUGCAGUUACAACGAUGGUUGAAAGAUGUUAAAAUAAAGAACAAUGAAACUUUAGAAAAUAUGAAAAGGUAUGCUCUCGCACACGUCUUGUUGUACGUAAUUUUAGCAACAUACUUUAUUUUGUAGAUUUAGACAACGAGAGCUUGAGCAUACAGAACGUUUGACUGAACAACAAGCAAUGCUUUGGAUUUUAUUUAUUUUGUUUAAGGUAAAAUAAUAUAACUAAUUAAUACGAGAUCUUUGCAAUAUACACCUUGCUAUUUAUUAUAUAAUUUAAUAUUUAAACAAUAUAUAUUAUGUCCCUGUAAAGCUGCAUCACUUGUUGAGAACAAAGUGCCGUCCAGGUGUCAUCACAAGAAUAGAUAAAACUCGCUUUAUAUACAUCGAACAAAUGUUAAAAUGUUUCGAAUACAAUCAAUAUAUUGCAAAAAAAAAAACUGUUUGCAAAGACUGUCAAAUCAAUCGUAAACCUUCCUUAAUCUUUCGAGGCACUUAUUUUGAGAAAUGUGAGAAAGAAAUUUGUGAGAUUGAGAGAAGUUUGAGUUCUGGAAAAGUACACAUUUUUAAAAGUAUAGUUAAUUAAUAUUGAAUCAAUUACAUAAUUUUUACAAUAAAAUAAUC